CUGUUUUAAGCAAAUGAAAUGCACUUUGUUUGAUUGAGAUUUGAUGGAAGUGAAGCUGUUUCUGGGAAUUUCAUGGAGCUUUUAGUUCGUUCUUGUUACUGGGUUUUGUUGAUUCUGUUGUGGUUGGGAGCGUCUGAUGCGAAAGCUAGGCAUCGUCAUCAUCGAAUAGCAUUGGAAGGUGUGGAAAGUGGAGUUGAUGGAGUAUCAUCACAUUCGUGUAUACAUGAUCAGAUUAUAGAACAGAGGAAGAGACCGGGGCGGAAAGUGUAUUCGGUUACUCCUCAGGUUUAUCAUGAGCCGAGAAGUGUUGAUAAAGUGUAUCCUAAUAAUGGAAGGGUGUUGCUUAGUGUUUUUGAUGAGGAGAAGGAUGUGAAACAACCUAUUAGGAUUUAUUUGAAUUAUGAUGCGGUUGGUCAUUCACUUGACCGAGAUUGCCAACGAGUUGGCGAUAUUGUGAAGUUGGGUGAGCCUCCUUCAAGUACUUUUCCUGCUGUUCCUGCUUGUAAUCCUAAUGCGAAACCUCCAGUUUCUGGUGAUUGUUGGUAUAACUGCACUUUAGAUGACAUAUCUGGCAAGGACAAGAAGCAUCGCCUACGCAAGGCUUUAGAGCAGACUGCAGAUUGGUUCAGAAGAGCGUUGGCUGUUGAACCUGUGAAAGGGAAUUUGCGGUUAAGUGGAUACUCUGCUUGUGGGCAAGAUGGUGGUGUGCAGCUUCCUCGUGAAUAUGUGGAGGAGGGUAUUGCUGAUACUGAUUUAGUUCUAUUGGUGACUACAAGACCUACUACUGGUAAUACCCUUGCGUGGGCUGUAGCUUGUGAACGUGAUCAGUGGGGACGUGCAAUUGCUGGGCAUGUCAAUGUUGCUCCCCGCCAUUUGACUUCAGAAUCUGGGACUUUGCUUUCAGCAACUCUCAUUCAUGAGGUUAUGCAUGUCCUUGGCUUUGAUCCGCAUGCCUUUGCUCAUUUUAGAGAUGAGAGGAAAAGAAGACGCACUGAGGUCACUGAGCAACAAAUGGAUGAAAAGCUUGGCCGGUUAGUGACACGCGUAGUGCUUCCACGGGUUGUCAUGCAUUCGCGGCAUCAUUAUGGAGCAUUUUCUCAAAACUUCUCGGGUUUAGAACUUGAGGAUGGAGGAGGACGUGGCACAUCGGGUUCCCACUGGGAAAAGAGACUACUCAUGAAUGAGAUAAUGACUGGAUCAGUGGACACAAGAUCAGUUGUUUCAAAAAUGACUCUAGCGCUUUUAGAGGAUAGUGGCUGGUAUAAGGCUAAUUAUAGCAUGGCAGACCGUCUCGAUUGGGGCCGGAACCAGGGGACUCAGUUUGUUACAUCUCCAUGUAACAUGUGGAAAGGUGCUUACCAUUGUAACACAACCCAACUAUCUGGCUGUACAUACAACAGAGAGGCUGAAGGUUACUGCCCAAUUCUAAGCUAUAACGGAGACUUGCCUCAAUGGGCCCGUUACUUUCCACAGCCUAACAAAGGCGGCCAGUCUUCCUUAGCAGAUUAUUGUACAUAUUUUGUUGCCUAUUCAGAUGGGUCUUGUACAGAUAUUAAUAGUGCACGAGCGCCUGACAGAAUGUUGGGUGAAGUGAGAGGGAGUGAAUCCAGGUGUAUGGCCUCAUCUUUAGUGCGUACUGGGUUUGUUCGGGGUUCCAUGACACAGGGGAAUGGUUGUUAUCAGCAUAGAUGUAGAAAUAAUUUAUUGGAGAUUGCUGUGGAGGGAGUAUGGAAGUUCUGCCCUCAAGCUGGAGGACCAAUUCGAUUUCCCGGUUUUAAUGGUGAAUUGAUUUGUCCGGCAUACCAUGAACUCUGCAGUACAUCCGUAGUUUCUGUGCUUGGUCAAUGUCCUAAUUCUUGUAACUUUAAUGGAGAUUGUGUUGAUGGGAAGUGUCGUUGUCUCCUUGGUUAUCACGGUCAUGACUGUAGAAACCGUUCAUGUCCUAAUAAUUGCAAUGGGCAUGGAAAAUGCACAACUCAGGGUGUAUGCAUAUGUGAAAAUGGAUUUACUGGAAUCGACUGUUCCACUGCUGUGUGCGACGAACAAUGCAGCCUACAUGGAGGAGUGUGUGAUAAUGGGGUUUGCGAGUUCCGUUGCUCUGAUUAUGCUGGCUACACAUGUCAGAACAGCUCUAAACUAGUUACGAGUUUACUGGUGUGCAAAGAUGUGUUGGAGAGAGACAUGUCAGGGCAACAUUGUGCUCCAAGAGAGCCUAGCAUACUUCAGCAGCUUGAGGAAGUUGUGGUCAUGCCUAACUACAAUAGGCUCUUUCCGGGCGGGGCUCGGAAGUUAUUUAACAUUUUCGGUAACAGCUAUUGUGAUGAAGCAGCUAAAAGACUAGCCUGUUGGAUAUCGAUCCAGAAGUGUGAUAUCGAUGGAGACGAUAGACUACGGGUAUGCCAUUCAGCUUGUCAGUCCUAUAAUAUGGCGUGUGGGGCUUCCUUAGACUGCUCAGACCAAACCCUUUUCAGCACAGCGGAAGAAGGCGAUGCUGAAUGUACGGGAUCUGGCGAAAUCAGAUCACCAUUGUUUAGUCGUUUGUGGAGUAGAUUAGUAGCAAGUUAACUAGGAACAAUUCGUCUGGGCGAAAGAAAGAUUUGUGUGUACAAGGUAGAUAGUGAGGCAGAGUAUUAUUUUGCAAGCUGUAAUUUUUCUAGGGUGUAUGAGGGGACGUAAGUUAGGUGUCUUGCCUUAACCCACCUGUAGGUGAAUUAGAAUGUCUUUGUCUGUCUUUCGAGUGAAAGAAAAUGCAAUAUGUAUU